AUGGAUUCAGGACGAGGUGACGUCAGCAUGGGGUUUGUGGAGGCGGAGGAUUUCGGGCAGCACGUGGAUUUGACGCAGCGGAUUCGCGAAGUGCUCGCGAAUUACCCCGAGGGUACCACGAUUCUCAAGGAGCUGAUCCAAAACGCCGACGACGCUGGCGCCUCCAAGCUCGACCAGAUUCUUGAUGAUGUUGACGGACUUGACCAGAUGCCUGAUGACGUUGACGGACUUGGCCAGACGCCUGAUGUCGUUGACGGACGGACCAGAUGCCUGAUGACGUCUCUUUCUGCCCAGACCAUUCUCGAGGCACUUCAUGUAUUAUGUCCCACCGACUACUAUGCGCUUGAGAGCCUACCCUGCGCUGCACUCCUCACCCAAUCCCCGGCAUCUAUCCGCCUGCAGGUGUCCUUCUGUCUGGACCAUCGCACACACGGCACAGCGUCGCUGGCCUAUGCGCCUCUCGCCCAGUUCCAGAGCCUGCACUGCUCGUGCACAACUGUGCCACGUUCUCAGUCAAGGACUUUGCCUGGUGCAUCUCAAGUGUCCUUCUGUCUGGACCAUCGCACGCACGGCACAGCGUCGCUGGCCUACGCGCCUCUCGCCCAGUUCCAGAGCCUGCACUGCUCGUGCACAACAACGCUGUCUUCUCCGACGAGGACUUUGCCUGAUGUGUCCUUCUGUCUGGACCAUCGCACGCACGGCACAGCAUCGCUCGCCUAUACGCCUCUCGCCCAGUUCCAGGGCGCAGCGCUGCUCGUGCACAACGACGCUGUCUUCUCUGACGAGGACUUUGCGAGCAUUUCAAGGGUGGGGGACAGCGGCAAGCGCAAGCAGUCGUGGAAGACCGGCCGAUUCGGCGUCGGAUUCAACUCAGUGUAUCAUCUCACGGAUCUCCCCUCCUUUGUCAGCCGUCAGUUCGUCACUUUCUUCGAUCCGCACUGCGCCUACCUGCCCCGCGUCUCCUCAGCCAAUCCGGGCAAGCGGAUAGAUUUCGUCGCUGCCCGAGCAGCGAUGGCAGCGCAGCGGGACCAGUUCUCCCCGUACUGCGCGUUUGGAUGCGACAUGCAAAGGCCGUUUGCAGGGACGCUGUUCCGGUUUCCCCUGCGAACGGAGGAGCAAGCAGGGAAGAGCAAGCUGUCUCGGCAGGCGUACAAUGCAGCUGACAUGGCGGCGCUGUUGAGAGAGUUCGAGAGGCCGUUUGCAGGGACGCUGUUUCGGUUUCCGCUGCGAACAGAAGAGCAGGCGGGGGUGAGCAAGCUGUCAAGGCAGGCAUACAAUGCAGCUGACAUGGCGGCUUCGAGGCCGUUUGCAGGGACGCUGUUUCGGUUUCCGUUGCGAACAGAAGAGCAGGCGGGGGUGAGCAAGCUGUCAAGGCAGGCAUACAAUGCAGCUGACAUGGCGGCUUUGUUGAGAGAGUUCGAGAGGCCGUUUGCAGGGACGCUGUUCCGGUUUCCACUGCGAACGGAGGAGCAGGCUGGGAAGAGCAAGCUGUCACGGCAGGCGUACAAUGCAGCUGACAUGGCGGCUUUGUUGAGGGAGUUUGAGGCCGAGGCGGUCUCCUCGCUUCUCUUCCUGAAGCACGUGGAGCGAGUGGACGUGUUGGAGUGGCAUCAGGGCGCCACCGCCCCUGUGCCUCUCUUCUCCUGCCGCAUCUCCUCCCCCGACUCCCCCCUCCGCUUCCACCGCCAAGCCUUCUCCCGCCUCGCCCGCCCUGCUGCUGGUGCAGCUGGUGUAGCAGGGCCUGGGGCUUCAGGAGCUGGAGGGGGAGCAGGGGCAGGGGUGGUUGCGAGUGACAAGGACAGUACGGAUAUUUACGAGAUUGGAUUUGUCUGCGAGUCUUUUGCCCCGGGAAGCUCCUCUGGAGCUGCAGCUGGGGGGGGUGGGGAGGUGGUUGGGGGGAGUGAGAAGGGGAGAGGGAGGAGGGAGGAGCGGUAUUUUGUGUCACAGAGGAUGGGAGGGGCGCUGGGGACAGUGGGGCGCAUGGCGAGGCGAGCAGCGGAGGAGUACGAUAUACACCUGGUUCCAUGGGCGUCUGUGGCAGCUAGAGUGGGCUGUGAUGGAGACACAGACGCUCCGGGUGCCUGCUUUCAGGUGAGAAUGAACAUUGCAUGGGCAGUGGAGGAGUAUGAUAUUCACCUGGUUCCGUGGGCGUCUGUGGCUGCUAGAGUGGGCUGUGAAGGAGACACAGGCACACCAGAUGCCUCUUUCCAGGGCCGGGCGUUCUGCUUCCUGCCUCUGCCAGUGCGCCCCAACCUCCCAGUGCACAUCAACGGCUACUUUGAGCUCUCCUCCAACCGCCGAGACAUCUGGUUCGAUGGCUUGGAGCUAGCUCUGGUUCGGGAGGGCCUGCCGAUCGUCCGGGUCUCGCCGAACCUCCGGGAGAUGCUCUUCCGGUGGUCCGUUUCCGAGCCUAGAAUCACCGUGCCUAGCGUUGUUCGGGCGAGGCUGAGAGCGCCAGGUGUCCACAGGGGAUUGGAGAACAGGGAGGACGCGUUACUGCUGUUGGAGUAUUGCUUGGGGGAUGUGAUAGAUGAUGAAGCAGCAGAGGAGCUGGAUGGUCUUUCGCUGGUUCUUCUGGCGAAUCAGAGCCUGGGGAGGAAACUUCCUUCUGGUGUGGAGGAAGUGGGGGAUGCUGGAGUGGGGGAAGCUGUGAAAGGGGAGGCUGUGAAGGGGGAGGCUGUGAAGGGGGAGGCUCUGCAGGUGGCACAUCCGAAUCUGCACGAGUUUGUGCGGCCAGCCACAGGGGCAGGUGUGCUGGAUGCACUGCAGUCAGCAGCGGACUGGCAUGGCGUGCCCUUUGCUGUGCUCUUCCAGAUGGCUGAGGCGGCUCUUGAUAAAGGCUCCCCCUCUACUGCUGCUCCUGGUGCUCCUGGUGCUGCUGCUGCUCCUGGUGCUCCUGGUGCUGCUGGUGCCCGUGGUGCUGUUGUUGCUCCUGGUGUGGCUGCCCCGGCUGGUCGGACUGCCUCGGGUGGCUUGCUGUCCGAGGCUGCGGUCGAGGCUCGGCGGCAGCUCCGGGAGUUCCUGUGCUCGCCGCAGUGGUAUGCUGGGAACGCUAUGACAGAGGCUCGGCGUGUUCGGAUCUUCAAGUCUCUGCCCAUCUUCGAGGUUUACAGCAACCACCCUUCCACCCCCACCAGUAGCAACACCACCGAUGCCAUCACGCUGCCGCCCGGGCUGCGGAACAGGACGAUGCUUGCCGUGCUGCAGGAGCUGCCGCAGCUGUGCACUGUGGAUCCGGGGUUGCGGGAUGUGGUGGCAAAUUUGGCGUUUGUGCCGGCGUGGGAUGGCAAGGGGGAUGGGCGGCAGCAGAAAGUGCAGCAGCAAGAGGAGAUGGAUGGGGGAGAAGUACCAGGAGCAGCAGCAGCAGCAGCAGCAGCAGGAGUGGCAGGAGCAGCAGAGACUGAUACAGGCGUAGGAAAUGAGACUCUUUGCCGCCCAGUGGAUCUGUACGAUUCUCGCAACCCAGAGCUCUGCCACUUGCUGCAAGGAAUGGCCGGCAACUGGUUCCCUGCCGCCCCUUUUUCGUCCUCUUCUGCGCUUGAGAUGCUACUCAGCGUGGGGCUCCGCAGUGCGGUUACCACCGAAACGAUUCUCAGCUGCGCCCGUGCCGUGGAGAGCAUCGCUGCUACAGACGCGGCUGUAGCGCGGGAGCGCGGGCGGGUCCUUUUGUCCUAUCUGGACGUGAACGCAGCGAGAUGGGUGCCUGUGGUGCAGGGGGGGAGCGCAGGGGCGGGGGGAGUAGGGGGGAGAAGGGGCAUGGGGGGCGGAGGCGGGGGAGGGGGAGGAGGAGCAGGGGGGGGUAUGUUUGCGCGUGUGUCCAGUCUGUUUCAGAGCAGUGAAGCAGCGGAGGAGGCUCAGCGCGCUGCAGCUGAAAUGGCCUCCUUUUGGAGUGAGCUCACCUCCAUCUCCUGGUGCCCUGUGCUUGUUCGCUCCCCUGCCCCACCCUUCCUGCCAUGGCCAGGGGGAGGGGAUGCGAAUGCAAGUAGCGAAGGAGAAGUAUCAGGCGGAAGAGGAAGUAAAGGGAGGGAUAGAGAGAGAGCAGAUGAGUCUCGGCCUAGCCCCGUCGCUCCGCCUCGCAUCGUCCGUCCACAGGUCGACACCUGGCUCGCGUCAGCGAGCCUCCGGAUCCUCGACGGCGAGUGCCGGUCCACGCUGAUGUGGCGCCAGCUAGGAUGGGCGCGGCCGCUGACGGGGAGUGUGCUGGCGGCGCAGCUGCUGGAGCUGGGGCGCGUGUGUGGCGCGGAGGUGGUGGAUAGGAGCGCGGGGAAGGCCCUGGCGGGGGCAGUGCCGAGGAUUUACACAAUGCUGUCAGACAUGCUGGGGCAGGAGGAGAUGGAGGUGGUCAAGGCGAUUCUUGAGAGUGCCGAGGAUAUACACGAUGCUGUCAGGCAUGCUGGGACAGUAGGAGAUGGAGGUGGUCAAGGCGAUUCUAGAGUGCCGAGAAUAUGCAUCAUCCUUCGUUCUCCUUCACCCAUAUUCCUCCUCCUUUCCUUCCUCUCUUGUUCCAUUUUCUGCUCCACCACCGAAUGUGCCUUUAACGGUCCCAUCCACCUCGCCCCCUACCUGCGCAUCAUCCCCGCCGACCUUGCCGCCUUCCGAGACCUCCUGCUCGCCCUCGGCGUGCACAGAUUUGAGGGGAACGAGGAUCCCUCACAAACUCUUAGAGAACAAUCCAACCUGCUUUUUCCUUCAUGUCCCUCUUCCCUCUCUGCCACCCUCCCAGGGCUGCAGGGCUGCAGGUGGGUGUGGGUGGGGGACGGCUUCUGCUCCACCACCGAAUGUGCCUUUACCGGUCCCAUCCACCUCGCCCCCUACCUGCGCAUCAUCCCCGCCGAUCUCGCCGCCUUCCGAGACCUCCUGCUCGCCCUCGGCGUGCGCGAGUGCCUCUCGGGGAACGAGUACGCUGCUGUUCUCGCCAGCAUCGCUAAAGACGCGCAAGGCCGCCCGCUUGUUCAUGCGCUCCACUCCCCACUCCCCUCCCUCCUCCCCUUCCUCCUCUCCUUCCCCCGCUCCCUCCGCUCCUUCCACUUCCACUCCCUCCUCCUCUCAUCCUUUAUCUGCAGCGCCGGGCUUCCCAAGCAGCCACCCAGGCUCGGCAGCUCCGCCCGAACCUACUCUCCAGCUGCUUCUACCGGAGCUGCUUCUAACGGGGAUGGAGUGGAGGCAUUCGGGCAGCACGAGGCGCUGACCACUCGUUUGAAGCACAUUGUUGAGAUGUAUCCGGAAGGGCCGGGGGUGCUAUGCGAGUUAGUGCAGAAUGCAGAUGACGCCGGGGCGAGGGAAGCGGCGUUUCUGCUCGAUCACUCGCGAUUCGGAGCUUCGUCGGUGCUCAGCCCAAGAAUGGCUGACUGGCAGGGCCCGUCGCUGUAUGCUUACAACGACGCUGUGUUUUCGGAUCGCGAUUUGAUUGCGAUUUCACGCAUCGGGCAGGAUAGCAAGCUGGAGAAGCCGAGUGCUAUUGGUCGCUUCGUCGGCCGCGGCCUCCCGGACCAGUUCCCGGACCAGUUCCGCCCGUUCCUCCUGUUCGGGUGCGACCUGCAGUCCCCGUACCACGGCACUCUGUUCCGGUUCCCGCUUCGGUCCGAAGCUGCGGCGGGUCGGAGCGAGAUAAAGCACGAGCCGUGCUCCCCAGAGGAUAUCCGGCAGCUGUUCAAAUCCUUCCAGCGUUCAGCCACAGAAGCGCUGCUGUUUCUGAGAAACGUGGGGCGGAUUUCGGUGUUUGAGAGGUUGGAUGCAGGGAGUGAGCCAAAGCUGCUGUUCUGCGCACAGAGAGUAGUUGCUGGUGAGGGAGGGGUGUCACGAGGAGUAGGAGGAGGAAGUCCCUUUGUGACAGCACUGCCUUCACCAGGAACAGGACUGAGAGCCCUGGGGGAUGUGGCCGAUGUGGGCAGUUUGCAGCGGGCUAUUUUCGAUUUUGUUCGGGGCAGCCCGCAAAAUCCUCUGAACAAGGACCAGUUUUACCACAAGCUGCAGCGGGCAGCUGAAGGGCAGCUGCCGAGGCAAUGCGGGCGGAUUUCGAUUUUAGUGGCCGAUGGGACAGGACACAUGGCGGCUUCUGAUUGGCUCGUGUCGAACGCGCUGGGUGGGGGGCGGGCGAGGGAGUGGGCUGUAGCAGUGGAGAACCGGCCAAGAGGGUUCCUGCCGUGGGCUGGCGUUGCUUGUCUUAUUCAGUGGGAAGAGGAGGGGAACACCGGGCUGGUGAAUCUGAUGGGAGUGGGGGAAGAAUCAGAGGAAAGCAGAGAAGGGAAAGACGAGAGUGGUAACCCUCAAGCAAAAAAGCACCAAGUAGUGCAUGUCAACGGCUACUUUGAGCUCUCCUCCAACCGCCGAGACAUCUGGUUCGGCGAUGACCUGGCAGGUGCGGGCAAGGUUCGGUCGGAGUGGAACCGACGGCUCCUGGAGGAUGUGGCAGCUCCGGCGUACGCUCGGAUGCUUGCCGAAGCUACCAAGCAGCUUGGGCACGGACCUGCGUACCAUGCUCUGUGGCCCGGGGCAGGCGGAGGCUCGGGGUUACAAAAAGGUUCGGAUUCUGGGUCGGGUGUGGUUCGAAAGCAGGUUCGGGGAGAGCUGGUGGAGCCUUGGGAAUCGCUGGCGAAUCGGGUGUAUGUGUGCGUGACUGAGCUCGAUCUGGGUGUUAUCUGGACAGGGGCAGCUGGGGGCAGCCUGUCGCUCAUCGCCGAUUGGCCGCUCGUCCCAACCACCAACGGGCAGCUGCGGCAGCUGCAGUCAGGCGGCCCGCUGCUGCGGGCGGGGGGAGGGGACGGGUGGAGUGAGAACAUGCUGUCUCUCUUUGCGCGUCUGGGCGUGUAUGUGGUGCGCAGUGACGUGAACCUGGACCAUCCUGGGCUGAGGGAGUAUCUUCAUGAGGCCUCUGCUGCUGGGAUUCUCGACGCCAUUGCUGCAGCAGCGGCGAAUCGAGCUGCUGCAAACCGUCCUGCUUCUUCUGCAUCCGCCUCUUCUGGCUACGAGUCUUCUUCCCGGCAGGGCAUGGGAUCCACGAGGCGAGCAGCAGGAAUGGGUUUAGGACCAGGAGUAGCAGCAGGAGCAGGUUCAUAUGGGGUAGGUCUUGCUGCGUCUGUUGACCUUGCAGCAGCCAAUCAGCCAGCACCCUCUGCUUCUGCUGCUGCAGCACAGGUGCCGCAUCUAGAUGCGCUCCUCUCGCUCUUCCAGGGAGCAACAGACGGGGAGAGGAGAGAGCUGCGCAGCAUCCUGUGCCAGUCAAAGUGGUUCCCACCCACAGACGGUCCUUCCGAGUCAUCUGCUGCUGCUGGUAUGCUUGUUGCACAUGCCUUUGGCCUAUCCAGAGGCCUCAAACACGUUUCCGAACCUGCUUCGUCGCAUCCAGGUGGCGUUCUCUCAGAGCGCCACAUCAGCAUGCUGCGAGCUCUGCCAAUCUUCGAAUCCUACGGCACCUGGCCCGCCCCUGAAACCUCGUCAGAUGCACCUCAAACUCAAACACAGGACAGGGGUGGUGCUGCUGGUGCCAGUGGUGCUGCUGGUGCCAGUGGUGCUGGCCUCUCCGCUGGCCUCUCCGCUGGCCUCUCUGCUGGCCUCUCUGCUGGCCUGCCUGCUGGCCUCUCUGCUGGGCGUGUGUUUGUGGAUUUGCUCACGGCGCCCCGCUUCUUCUUCGCCCCGCCGUCCAUCGACGAGUCGCUCCUAGAUGCCUCAUUCGUCCGCGUGGACUCCGACAAGGACCACCGAAUCAUGCGCUGCCACCUGGCGGAUGACGUGUGGGUGGUGGGCGGCAGCAUGUGCAUUCUGAGCGGUGCAGUGCGGUCGGACAGCCUGGCGCGCAAGCUGGGGUGGCGGGACCCCCCGCCUGUAGAGGCUCUGGUGUCUCAGCUGCUUGCGCUGGCUGCUCUGCAUGGGUGUGCUGUGGCUGAGAGGAGAGGGCGUGAGGAGCGAGGGGAGAGGAGUGGGGAGAGGGGGAGGGAGAAGCGAGGGGUGAGGAGAGGGGAGAGGAGGGGCGGGAGGAGUGGAGACGAACAUGGAGAGGAAAAGGAAGGGAAAGGAGAGGAGAGAGAGGAGGGAGAGGAGGGGGAGGAGGUGAAGGAGGAGGAAAAAGAGGAGGAAGAGGAGGAAGAUGAGGUGACAGUGCUGGAACGAAUCUUAUCAAAGGAAGUCCCGAGAAUCUACGCAUAUCUGGAGCAGCACAUGGGCUCGCCAUCCUUUUCUGCCGCCCGGACCUCCUUCCAAUCAGUGGCCUGCAUUUGGGUCGGCGACACCUUCAUCGCACCUUCCUCCCUCGCCUUUGACUCGCCCGCCCACUUUCACCCCUACCUCCACGUCGUGCCCACAGAGGCCGCCAGGUUUCGCACCCUGCUGACGUCUCUCGGCGUCAGGGAGACGUUUCAGGUGGGGGAUUACGCGCAGGCGCUAGCCCACCUGAAAAGAGACCUGGAGUGGCGGGACCGGAGGCUCGGCGGAGGCUCGGGAGAGGCUCGGGGAGCUGGUGGAGCAAGAGGAGGUUCGGGGGGAGGGGUAGCAGGAGGGGGAGAAGGAGGAGGAGGCAGAGCUGGAGCUUUAUCUCCGGACCAGUUCUCGUUUGUGCUUAGGGUUUUGGAGGCUAUAGUGGAUGCGCUGCCGCCAGGUGGCGAGCCGCCAUUGGCCGGCACGGUGCUGGUGCCGGAGGCUUCAGGGGGCCUGGUGGCAGCUCGGGAGCUGAUUUUCAACGAUGCUGCUUGGCUCGGUAAAGCAACCGUGGAUGGGCGGAGCCGCUUUGUGCACCCUGAUGUGCCCCACGCCAUAGCGGAGCGACUCGGCUCGCGCUCCCUCAGAGGGCUAUCCCUGGAUGGCCCCUCUGCUGCCACCUCGCUGCCGUGCCUGCCAGGUGAGUCUUCCUCUCCUGUUCCCAAACACCUUAUGGCCUACUCCUGCUCUUUGACUUACUCGAGGUGGCUGAUGCGUGUGGCGCCCGUGGGGUGGAGCGGAGUGGCCGUGCCCUUGCAACUUGGCAUUCUCUCCUCUUUCCCUCCCCUUUGUCCCCAUCCACCACCCCAUCCAGCGGUGGUGAUAUCGGAGCUGCUAGAGGGCUGGGCGGCAGACAGCCUACUCCUGCUCUUUGACUUACUCGAGGUGGCUGAUGCGUGUGGCGCCCGUGGGGUGGAGCGGAGUGGCCGUGCCCUUGCAACUUGGCAUUCUCUCCUCUUUCCCUCCCCUUUGUCCCCAUCCACCACCCCAUCCAGCGGUGGUGAUAUCGGAGCUGCUAGAGGGGUGGGCGGCAGACAGCCUACUCCUGCUCUUGACUUACUCGAGGUGGCUGAUGCGUGUGGCGCCCGGGGAGUGGAAUUCGUGUGGGACCAGCGGCACCACCCUGAGAUCUCCCUGCUGCAGCCCAACUUGGGUCAAUUCCAGGGCCCAUCACUGACAAUCCUCUUCCACGGGGCCCAGCUCACCUCAGAGGACAUAUGCCACCUGCACACGCCGCCCCCCAUCCGCCUUCCGCGACGCCACGUGUCGCUAUGGCACUGGUCUGCUGGGAGCAUACCACCUCUCAGACCUUCCCCUCAUAGUCUCAGGAAGCUUCCUCUACGCAUUCGACCCCUCGGGCCACCACAUCUUCUUCUCGAGUCACCUGGUGGAUCGAGGAGGAGAGGAGGGGACGACAUGGGCUGCUCCUGUUGCACGAGCAUUUUCGCUUAA